CUCCCCUUGAGGUCCUGCAUCCCUCCUCAGCUUCGUCCUCUCUCCUUCCUACCAGCACUUUCUCAGUCUCUCGUCCACCCCUGCCCUAGGAAGACUCACCAUGGCCGUCGAGAGGAUUCAUGCCCGUGAGAUCCUGGACUCCCGUGGGAACCCCACCGUUGAGGUGGACCUCUACACACACAAAGGCAUGUUUCGAGCAGCCGUCCCCAGCGGAGCGUCCACUGGUAUCUACGAAGCGCUGGAGCUGCGAGACAAUGACAAGUCACGUUUCCUUGGAAAAGGGGUCCUGCAGGCCGUGGAUCAUAUCAACAGCACUGUCGCCCCAGCUCUCGUGGGCUCUGGCCUCUCUGUUGUGGAUCAAGAGAAGAUAGACAAUCUGAUGCUUGAGAUGGACGGCACAGAGAACAAAUCCAAGUUUGGCGCCAACGCUAUCCUGGGAGUUUCGCUGGCCGUGUGCAAGGCGGGAGCUGCGGAGAAGGAUGUGCCCCUGUACCGGCACAUCGCUGACCUGGCCGGCAACUCUGACCUCAUCCUUCCUGUGCCAGCUUUCAAUGUGAUCAAUGGAGGUUCCCACGCAGGCAACAAACUGGCCAUGCAGGAGUUCAUGAUCCUGCCUGUGGGAGCCGAAAGCUUCCGCGAUGCCAUGCGCAUCGGGGCUGAAGUCUAUCACAACCUCAAGAGCGUCAUCAAGGAGAAGUAUGGCAAAGAUGCUACCAAUGUGGGUGAUGAGGGAGGCUUUGCUCCCAACAUCCUGGAAAACAGCGAAGCUCUGGAGCUGCUCAAGGAAGCUAUUGACAAGGCCGGCUACACAGACAAGAUCGUCAUCGGUAUGGAUGUGGCAGCCUCUGAGUUCUACCGUGACGGCAAAUACGACCUGGACUUCAAGUCCCCAGAUGACCCAAGCCGCUACAUUUCUGGGGACGAGCUGGGUGACCUCUACCAAAGCUUUGUUCGUGAUUACCCAGUGGUCUCCAUUGAGGAUCCCUUUGACCAGGAUGACUGGGAGGCCUGGUCUAAGUUCACUGCCAAUGUGGGGAUUCAGAUAGUGGGAGAUGACCUGACAGUGACAAACCCCAAGCGCAUCGAGCGAGCUGUUGAAGAGAAAGCCUGCAACUGCCUCCUGCUCAAAGUCAACCAGAUUGGAUCUGUCACAGAGGCCAUCCAAGCCUGCAAGUUGGCCCAGGAGAAUGGAUGGGGUGUGAUGGUGAGCCACCGGUCUGGGGAGACUGAGGACACCUUCAUUGCUGAUCUGGUUGUAGGACUGUGCACUGGGCAGAUAAAGACGGGUGCUCCCUGCAGGUCUGAACGCCUGGCUAAAUACAACCAGCUCAUGAGGAUUGAGGAAGAGCUUGGCGAUGAAGCACGCUUCGCCGGACACAACUUUCGCAACCCAAGUGUUCUUUGAACGUUGUCCCCGGGGCACAGCCACCCUGCUGCUCUUUCCCACCUCACAGACUCUGAACCCCCCUUUCCCUCCACUGCUCCCUUUUUUGCUCUU